GACCCCAAACAAUGUGAAAUUUAGAAAUGUAAAUUUAUAAAUGCUAUUUCGAAACCAGAUCGACUCUCCCUCAACUGUUCAAGCAAAACAGAGACGGCAGCCAUGUCGAAGGAAGAAGCUGGCGAAGCAGCCGAAUCGGAGGUGUCGAUGGGCCGCGGACCGCGUCCAAGGUCCUUUGGCGGAGUGGGUGCCGGUGGAGGCGGUGGCGGCCCAGGUGGCGGACCAGGUGGGAGUGGAGGAUCUUCCGGCGGUAGCAGUCACAAGUCCGAACGGAGUUCGCGAGGAGAAGACGCCAUUGACCGGGCGACGGAUUCGCAGGCCACUCACCGGAAACUUCUCAGCGAUCCGCGCUUCCGCAUCCGGCCGCUGCAGCAGGUGAUAUCGGCCUGCGCCGGGGCCAUGAUUACGGCCUGUUUCAUGACGCCACUGGACGUGAUUAAGACCCGCAUGCAGUCGCAGCAGUCGCCGGCGCACAAGUGCUUCUUCUACUCGAACGGCCUGAUGGACCACCUCUUCUCGAGCGGUCCACAUGGGCCCGAGAUGGCCAGCCUUCGGCCGAGGCCACAGUUCACCAGCACCUGGGAUGCCCUGAUGAAGAUCAGCCGGCACGAGGGACUGGGCGCCCUGUGGUCCGGCCUGGGACCCACUCUCGUCUCCGCCCUGCCCUCCACCAUUAUCUACUUCGUGGCCUACGAACAGUUCAAGGCCAAGUACCUCCAGAUCUACAAGAGCCACUGGAACAGGAGUCCGGAACCACGGCAGUUAGAACUGGAACUGAGGGACAUCAAGACGAAACUGCCGCUAGUGAUUCCCAUGAUGUCCGGGGUCACGGCUCGAAUUUGUGCAGUUACGGUGGUGAGUCCCAUCGAACUGGUGAGGACCAAGAUGCAGGCCCAGCGGCAGACCUACGCCCAGAUGCUGCAGUUCGUCCGGAAUGUGGUGGCUCUUCAGGGAGUUUGGGGAUUGUGGCGGGGCCUGCGGCCCACGAUCCUCAGGGACGUGCCCUUUUCGGGGAUUUACUGGCCCAUCUACGAGUAUCUCAAGCAGAAUCUUGGCAACAGCUCGCAGCCCUCGUUCAGUCUGAGUUUCUUGGCCGGCGUUUUAGCAGGAUCGGUGGCUGCCAUUGUGACCACUCCGUUCGAUGUGGUCAAGACCCAUGAGCAGAUCGAGUUCGGGGAAAGGGUCAUCUUCACGGACUCGCCGGCGAGGGACUUUGGCAAGAAGUCAACCUACAGCAGACUGACGGCCAUUUACAGGAUCCACGGGCUGAAGGGACUCUUUGCGGGAUGCGGACCCAGGCUCCUGAAGGUGGCUCCCGCCUGCGCCAUCAUGAUCUCCACCUUCGAGUACAGCAAGUCGUUCUUCUUUUACUAUAACGUGAGGCAGCAUAACGAGGCCCUACUGUUGGGUAACCCGAAUGCAUCGCUGGUCAAGGAGGAUGACAUCGAGUAGGGAGUGGGGAGUGUGGAGUAGGGCUAUACAGUCGUGGUGGCUCCCUUUUGUAAAUAAACAGCGCAUA